AUGACUCCAAGAAACAUGACAACAGUGAGUGGAUUCCUCCUCAUGGGGUUCUCUGACAACCAUGAGCUGCAGAUCUUACAGGCUUUGCUCUUCUUGGUGACAUACCUAUUGGAUUCAGCAGGGAACUUCAUCAUUAUCACCAUCACAACAAUAGACAAACAGCUCCAGUCUCCAAUGUAUUACUUUCUGAAGCACCUUUCCAUUAUGGACUUCUCAUCUCUCUCUGUCACAGUUCCCCAGUAUGUUGACAGUUCCCUGGCACGAAGUGGCUAUAUUUCAUAUGGGCAGUGCAUGCUGCAGGUUUUUUUCUUCACAGGUUUAGCCUGGAGUGAGGUGGCCAUUCUCACAGUGAUGUCUUAUGACCGCUAUGUGGCCAUCUGCCUCCCACUGCACUAUGAGGUCAUAAUGAGUCCCAGAAAGUGCACUUGGGCUGUGGCAGCUGUGUGGCUAAGUGGAGGUAUCUCAGGAACAUUAUUCACAGCAAGUACACUCUCUAUCAGAUUCUGUGGGCACAAAAUUAUUCACCAGUUCUUCUGUGAUAUCCCGCAAUUGCUCAAGCUCUCCUGCUCUAAUGAUGACUUUGGACUACUGAAAGUGUCUACUUUCAUUGCUGUAAUGGGAUUUGCCUGCUUUGUGGGGAUUGCCUUCUCCUAUUGCCAGAUAUUCUCUACAGUUCUCAGGAUGCCCUCUGCUGAAGGCCGAUCUAAGGUCUUCUCCACCUGCCUGCCCCAUCUCUUCGUUGUUUCAUUUUUUCUCUCAACAGGCAUUUGUGCCUAUCUAAAGCCAACCUCAGACUCACCAACUGCUUUAGACCUCAUGCUCUCUAUCUUUUACACAGUACUACCCCCAACCCUCAAUCCUGUUAUCUAUAGUCUAAGAAAUGAGUCCUUGAAAAGAGCUGUAAAGAAGUUACUUUUAAGUGAAGAAUUCAUUGGGAAAAAUUAUGUUUGUUCUGUUUUUAGUGCCUGCUAA